CGACAGCGACCUCCAACAGUUCAUUCCUUCGUCGUAGAAAGUGUUGUAAUUUCAGUAAUUUAUCAGCCGCUUGUUGUAAAUUUAGUGUUAGGAUUGUAGUGUUUACAGAAAUUAUUUGCAAUGUCAACCGCAACUGCAGAGCCUUCCCCUGCCAAACAAGAAAAUUCAAACGAAAAUGGAAAUCAACCAGAACAACAAAACGAAGAUGCAAUCGUUGAGCAGCAUCAUCCGCACCACUAUGGCGGCGGCGGUGGCGGUGGCCAUGGCCAGGGCCAGGGCUUUCAAGGCGGUCGCCGAGGUGGUGGAAACCGAUUUAGCGGCGGCGGCGGUUUUCGUCGACAACCUAUGAAUGCAAAUGAAAACGAACGAAAUGAUUUCUUCGGUGGUGGCGGCGGCGGUGGAAGAAAACGCGGUGGACGUGGAGGCGGAAAUCUAAUGCAGGGUGGCGAAAGAGGCCCACGUGAUCGCAAUCCCGACGAUCGCCUGAAUGAUAGAGUGGCCCAAAUGUCUGGUCCCACUUUUGAUCUUGCGCCCUUAGACACAGCUGAAAAGAAGUUCUCUGGACGAGCUCGUUUGUAUAUUGGAAAUAUUGCAACCGAAUCUACCGAAGAAGAAAUACAUGAUCUUUUCAAGAAUUAUGGUGAAACAAACGAACUGUUUGUUAAUAAAGAGAAAAACUUCGGUUUUAUAAAAAUGGACUUCAACGUAAAUGCUGAAAAAGCAAAGCGAGAACUUGACGGUAGUUUGUUCAAAGGAAGAAUGCUUAAAAUUCGAUUUGCUCCAAAUGGUUCCUCUGUCAAAGUUCGGAAUCUGCCACCAUUUGUUUCCAAUGAGCUCUUGUAUUUUGCUUUUAGCGCCUUUGGAGAAAUUGAAAGAUGCAUUGUUAUCGUUGAUGACAGGGGUAAACCAACCGGUGAAGGUCUUGUUGAAUAUGUACGAAAAGGCAGCGCCACUUUAGCCAUAAGAAAAUGCUCCGAUGAUUGCUUCUUUUUGACGGCUUCACUUCGUCCCGUAAUUGUAGAACUAUACGAUGCAGUUGACGAAGCAGACGGCUGCCCCGAAAAAACCAUGCCGAAAAAGAACAUGGAAUACACAAAAGCUCGAGAAAUUGGGCCACGAUUUGCAAAUCCAAACAGCUUCGAACACGAAUACGGCAUGCGAUGGAAGCAAUUGCAUGAACUCUUCGCACAAAAAGAGCUGGCCCUGAAAAAGGAAUUGGACAUGGAAAAAGAGAAAUUGGAGGCUCAAAUGGAAUAUGCAAGGUACGAACACGAAACUGAAAUGCUGCGAGAGGAACUUCGAGCGCGCGAGAUGGGUCGAGAUCGCCAAAAGCGCGAAUGGGAAAUGAAAGAACGUCAAGCAGAAGAGACGAGACAAAGGACUGAAGAACAAAUGCGUCGGCAACAGGAAGAGAUGCAGACUCGUAUGUUACUCCAGGAGGAAGAAUUGCGUCGUCGGCAGCAGGAAAACAACCUUUUUAUGCAAGCACAUCAGUUAGAUGACAUGCUUGAUCAACAAGAACAAGCUUAUGAGCAACCAGAACGUGGAAUAUUUAACGCAAACAUGAAUGCUGAACAAGGUGGAAAUGCAACAAUGGAUCCGAAACAAUUCAUGAACCAAUUUGAUCGAAAUCAUCGUUUCGAGGGUCGUGAAAUGGGACAGCGUGGCGGAAAUGCAGGCGGUGGCAGGGGCCACUGGGUGAAAGAAAACCGUGGAGGUGGUAAUCGUGACGAUUUUCCCAAUAAAAGACGUCGCUUCUAAUCUGUGCAAAACUAGCCGUGUGCAUGGCUAAGAAAUAUAAUAUAAUUUAUUACAUUUGACACAACUAUACAUUUAGAUUAAUUAAGAAUGUCGAUUUUUAAUCCUUGUGUAGGUUUCAGUUUCAAAAGUUUCGUUAAUAUUCUUAAGGUACCAUACAUAAAAAAGUAGAGGUAACAGAUGACAAUGGAUUUAUGAAUGGUGCUUUUUACGUUUGACAGAUUGCAUUAAUUAUAUAUCAAGGAUAUAGUUUGGUAUUUCCUUACUGUUCGCAGUAUAAAGAAUUUCUACUAUAGUGUCGUCUUUAUUAUUUCUAGCGUAAUUCUUUAGGUAGUUUAGAAAGUUAAUGACACAUUGAAUUAUUUAAUCCCUCUUAACUGUAAUUAUUUUUAGUGAAUAUUUGUAUUAAAUGUCUGUAUGAUA